GUGACUUUCUAUUUAAUGAAUAUUAGUGCAUUUUAUUUCGCAAAUGUGAUUUGUAAUUAUCAGAGCUGGACUGAAACCUUGAGAAGAGGUGAUGAGUCCAAGACUGAACGCAAUACUAAAUGUAUACUUAAAUUUUCCAGAGCUGAUGCUCCCGUUGCUACUUAAAUUCCAUGGUCAAAACAAUAGAUAGAAUAAAUAUGAAAAAGAAGAAUAGGAGAUGGAAACAGAGAAAGAGAGACAGAGGUGAAGAAAGAGAGAGAGAAAAGAAUGAGAGAGAGAGAUUGAGAAGAAGCUUGGGAAAAUGUUCAGUGGAAAAUCUGUAGAAAUGAUGUAAGAGAAAGCAAAGGCAGGGAUUGGAGUGAGGGGUGUAUAACUGAGACUAUAAAAACUCAGACAGAAAACUCACCAUCAGAGCUGAGUUUGGGAGAAACUGCACAGACAGGACUCUAAAGUUAGACUCUCCUGAUUUUUCACAAGAUGCUGGACUGGAGAUUAGCAAGUGCACAUUUUAUCCUGGCUAUGACACUGAUGCUCUGGAGCUCAGGAAAAGUGUUCUCAGUGGGUGUCACAACAGAGGCCUUUGAUUCUGGAGUCUUAGGUGUUCAGUCAUCACCCACAGUCAGAGAAGAGAAGUCGGCCACUGACCUGGCAGCAAAACUCUUACUUCUUGAUGAACUUGUGUCUCUGGAGAAUGACGUGAUUGAAACAAAGAAGAAAAGAAGCUUCUCUGGGUUUGGUUCUCCCCUGGACAGACUCUCAGCUGGCUCUGUAAGUCAUAAAGGUAAACAGAGGAAAGUAGUAGAUCAUCCAAAAAGGCGAUUUGGUAUCCCUAUGGAUCGGAUUGGAAGAAACAGGCUUUCAAAUUCCAGAGGCUAAUGGAUUCCAAUCACACAACUUCCUUGGGUGAAAUGUCACAGAAACAUGGAAGAUAUUUUGGUGAAGUUCUUCACACUCCUUAAUGAUUAAACUUCUAAGGAAACUUCUGUCAUCCUUUCCAGAGCUUGAACUUCUGUUCAUCACAUCACAGUAUCGUUAUAACUUCAGUUAAAUUGUUCAGAUAAUUUCAAUGCAUGGAUAUUUUUAAAAUCUAUAUUUUAGUUAUUCAUGAGUGGUUACUAUACCCUAAACAUUACUUUUCUAACAAACACAAUACAGUGAAAUGCUUUCUGUGUGCUUUUACCGUUUACAUAUAUGAAAUUGAGGAAUAAUAACUAAAGACUGAUUUAUUUCAGUAGAAUUUAGGUACGAUCCAUUUGAUCAUCACUGGGGAACAAGGAAAGACGAUGCUGUGUAUUUUCUCUUGAAGACUUUUACUCCACUUUUAUCUUUUGUCUGUGAGCCUCUUGGGUAAUGAUUAUGAAAUUAGGCUUCUUUUACAUUCAAAUGUCAAUUUGGUUCAACAAACUAAAACAUAAUCCCAGUUCCAGAUAUAAGAGAAAAACUCUCUGAGCAAGAAAAACCAGCAGUAAUUAAGCCCAUAAAUUUUAUUCUCCCAAUAAAUUGAGAAACACUGCAGGUCAGAGCACACUGACUUAGAAUCAGGAAUCGAAGAGUAUUAUUCAUUUGCCAAGUUUGGCUAUCUCGUGUCCCCUAACAGCUUUCCAUUUCUCUAAAUUAUAACUUACAGUUAAUUAAGAGUAGCGGUGGCUGAUUAGGAGAGCUAUUUACAGAAAUAACAGAUGAAAUUGUGGGGGAAGUCAAAUAGGAAAUCACCAGAGCUCUUGGGGCCAGUUCAAUUCACCUAAUUGAAGCACAGUACAUUUUAGCAUGUUACAAUAAUUCUUCUUAAUGUUAACCACCCAUCUAUGAAUCCAUUUAAUCUGCUUCAUAUAUUGUGUUUAAUAAAGCAUUGAAGAGUGUAAUACA